CCUCUUAAAAGUAAGUUCAUCACGGAACCUUAUCUAAAGGUUAGGCCAGAUACCUAUUUUUUAUUAAGCAAAUAUUUGCGCGUCCUCCGCAGUCACUUGUCCCUUGAUCAUGUUUGUGAGACCUCCUGUAAAAUGUACUUUUAGGAUGCAGGGUAUCUGAUUGAGUAAAAGAUCACCCGAUGUGUGAGCCCGAGAUUGUAAUAAUGAAUAACCUGUUCCGCGAGAAUCUUUGAUGUCUGGAGACGCCAGAACCUUCUUGUUUAUUGAUUUUUUAAAUUUUAUUAUUUUGGAAUGGGAAAGUGAUAAGAUGGAGCGAGUUUAUAGGCCUGUAUAUACAGUAUGUAUUGGAGACAACGACAAUAGGCCUACGUAAGUAUGAACGAAUUAAAUAACUGACCAUUUACAGCGCAUUUUGUAUCCGUUGUACCGCUUCAGUGUACACCAGUGAUAGGCGACAGAUUUGACAAAUUGGCUACAUGAUUUCAUAAUUUAAUGCUAUUGUCGUUCAAAGACUAAAAGCAAAGAGGAAACACGAUUUCUAAAUUUUAAGAACAUUAUAACUAAAUGAGUGUUUUCUUUAAAAUUAUUAUUAUUAUUAUGUGAGAUAAUAGCAGAGGUAUUAAAAUUAUCACACCAGUGGGGAAACACUUUUAAUUUUCACACCUUUAAUCCACUCCUACUUGUUUCCUAUUGGUCGCUGUAGCGCAUAAAAUCAGUGUUCUUCGGUUGCCAAGUACAACUGAUCUCGAAGGAAAUAAACGUCGUCUGCGUCACGGAACCAUGUACUUUGAUCGGGUCCUUCCAAGCUUUGAAAUUAAUGCCGAUAAAACGUUGUUUGUUAGUGAGGAAGGGCAAAGUGCGCCAUCCAGUUCUGCGGUUAUGACAGGCGCAAAGUCACCCUGCACUGGUCCGUCCAGCCCUAUCUCAAUGGACUCUGAAUCCAGCUGCUCGAGCCCAGACUCGAAACCAGAUCCUGAGCCACGAGUGCGUAGGCCUUUGAAUGCAUUCAUCAUUUGGACCAAAGAGGAACGCAGGCGCUUGGCACAGCUCAACCCAGAUUUAGAAAACACAGAUUUGAGCAAAAUUCUCGGUAAGACCUGGAAGGCCAUGUCCCUGGCAGAGAAGCGGCCGUACAUGCAGGAGGCAGAGAGGCUGAGAGUGCAGCACACCAUCGACCACCCCAACUACAAGUACAGGCCCCGGAGGAGGAAGCAGCUGAAGAAGGUUCCCAAAGCCCUGCCAGCAGAGGCCCCGCACUGCCCCAGCACCGCUACUCAAGAUUUUGGCAUGGGGGACUACAAUCUGAGUUACCUGAUUCAGAGUCAGUACCAGCAGCAUGCGGUUCAAAGCAUGCCAGCCUAUUUUUGGGACUCACAAAUGUACCACUUGCAGAGUCCCCAGAUGUCUGGCCAGCAGUACCCUCAGGCCAGAAGUGCCUACGUUCCUCCACGCGGUGAGCAGUGCGACUGGAAGAUCUGCAGCUGUCAGCUCUGCACAAAUGUAUCUUGUCUCGAUUUCUACUUGGAACAGUUUAAAGUGGACCUGCUCAGCGACUUGGACCGCAGCGAAUUUGAACAGUAUCUCGGACCAGCUGCAUGUAGGCCUGAGGCAGUGGACUCUAUUGCUUCUCAACAAAGUGCCCUACAGUGGUUUUAACAGUUAUAAUUAUGUUUUAACAUUCAGUGUCUCAUUUUUUAAAAACAUAUCACUUUGUAUUUAUUUAAUUUAUACAACAUUUUCUAAGCGUAUAUAGUACUAUUUGGAUAUGUUACUGCAGAAACAAAACAAAAUUACCAAGAUGACUUUAUUUAUAUUUUGUUGUUGUUUUUCUUUAAUAAUGUUUUCCAUU